ACAGAAACUCGUUAAUAUUCGAAGUGAUGAAGGUUCAACUUAUUCGCUGGCGCCUCCUUCUCCCGCUGUUGCUGGCGGUUGUCAAUGUCAGUGGCAGCUGGCCGGACAGCGGCAUCCGUACGAGAUAUCCCCGCGAGGGAGCGGCUCCGGGAACUGCACCAUGGGGCAAUCAGUUGCCGGAUAUGCUAGUCGCUUACUAUCGCCACCAUGGCGUUCACAGUCUGAUGCUGGUCGUUUGUCACACGGACAUUGCUGAUGCACGCCUUCGGAUGCUGUGGCGCCACUUCAACCUCAACAACUUCUAUGUGCAGGUCAGUACGGAGGACUCGCUGCGGGACCUUCGACAUGUCGUUGCCCUGGACGAAUUGAGCGUGGCCCCACCGCCGCAGAGUUUCCACGCCAACAACUCGACUCACUGGAAGACUUCGUUUCUGCUCCCCAAGCUGCAAUACAAGCUGGGCAUCCUGCUCCUGGAGUUUGGCAGCACGUGUUCCCAGAACCUACUCCGGUGGUCGGCCGCCACGGAGCAUAGCUACUUCACGACCAAUCGAUUCUGGCUGCUGCUCACCGAAGAUCUAAGGGACAUCGACCUACUGGACGAUCCCGAAAUAUUCAUCCCCCCCGACAGCGAGCUGAGGGUGCUCCACCACAGCUACGAUGGGAGCUCCUUUUCAGCCAGCCUCAUAGACGUUUACAAAGUCGCUGCGUCGAAGCCCCCGAAGCAAAAGUUGGUGGGACAGCACCUACGUCGUGCGGGGCACAUGAUUCAUGCCCUGCAGCACUUUGGUUCGGCCAUCACGUACAGGCAGGAUCUGGAGGGGAUUGUCUUCAACACGGCCAUUGUGAUUGCCUUUCCGGAUCAGUUCACCAACAUUGAGGAUCUGUCACUGCGUCAUAUCGACACCAUAUCGAAAGUCAAUCAUCGUCUAAUGUUAGAGCUGGCCAACCGAUUGAAUGUCAGCUACAACACCUAUCAGACCGUCAACUAUGGCUGGCGACAGGCGAAUGGCUCCUUUGAUGGUCUCAUGGGUCGCUUUCAGCGCUACGAACUGGACCUGGCCCAGCUGGCGAUCUUUAUGCGCCUGGAUCGGAUUGCCCUUUGCGACUUUGUGGCGGAGACAUUUAGAGUGCGGGCUGGUAUCAUGUUCCGGCAGCCACCACUGUCGGCAGUGGCGAAUAUCUUUGCCAUGCCCUUCGAGAACGAUGUCUGGGUGUCCAUAAUUUGUCUGCUGAUCAUUACGACAGUAGUGCUGGUGUUGGAGCUGCUCUUCUCGCCGCACACCCACGACAUGGCCUACAUGGACACGGCGAACUUUGUCUGGGGGGCCAUGUGCCAGCAGGGGUUCUAUGUGGAGGUACGCAAUCGAUCGGCAAGAAUCAUUGUGUUCACCACCUUUGUGGCGGCUCUCUUUUUGUUUACCUCGUUCUCCGCAAACAUUGUGGCACUGCUGCAGAGUCCCUCGGAUUCGAUCAGAUCGCUGGCUGAUCUGGGCCAAUCCCCGUUGGAGAUCGGUGUCCAGGACACUCAAUAUAACAAGAUCUACUUCACAGAGUCCACGGACCCAGUGACAAAGAAUCUAUACAACAGGAAGAUCGCCGCCAAGGGCGAUCAUGUUUAUAUGCGACCCACCCUGGGGAUGGAAAGGAUGCGCACGGGUCUGUUUGCCUAUCAGGUGGAGCUUCAGGCGGGCUAUCAAAUUGUCAGCGAUACAUUCAGUGAGCCGGAGAAGUGCGGCCUGAUGGAGCUGGAGCCGUUCCAGCUCCCGAUGUUGGCGAUUCCCACAAGGAAGAACUUCCCCUACAAGGAACUUAUGCGAAGGCAAUUACGCUGGCAACGGGAGGUCAGCUUGAUGAGCCGCGAGGAUCGCAAGUGGAUACCGCAGAAGCCGAAAUGCGAGAGCGGCAUGGGCGGCUUUGUGUCCAUUGGCAUCACAGAGUGCCGCUAUGCCCUGGGCAUCUUUGGUUGUGGAGCGGCGGCCAGCUUCGCCGUCUUCCUCUGGGAGUUCAUCUUGAAGCACUUUAAGCGCGUAUGCCGCAUGAUUGGGAGUUACAAAGAGAUGCGGCUCUAGGCUGCA